AGGAGGAGAAAAGGAAAGAGAUUCUCCGAAACAGAAAAAUGGAAGAGAGAAAGAAGACGAGUUUGUCGUCGUCGUCCCACCAGCCGCCCGUGCCGUGGUCAGGGGCGGGUGAGGACCAGCCGGGUCUGGGCUCUCCAGCCACACAGCGAGCAGGGAAGCCCCCCCGCCCACCACACGCACCACCCAACCCUCACAGACACAGGCACAAGGGCAAAACACCACACGCCCACACGUCCGCCAAAAAAACCAGCACUGGGCAACCGGGCCUCCGGCCCAGACGCCCCCCCUCUGCCUCCACUAAACACAAAGGCUCCAAGGAGGGUAGACCCUCCAAGCCCCCUGCCAAGAACCCCCCCCUGCCCUCCUGCCCCCCAGCCCCCAGGAGGGCACCCCCUAGACCUCCCAGCCCCCCCUCCUCCUCUUCCAGUGGGGCUGCCAUGAAACCCCAGCCAGCCCUCUCCUCCAGGCCACACCAGCCCCCGGAACCUCCUCCCAGCCCGGACUCACCCCCCUCAGUGGGGCCGGUGCGAGGCGAGGCCGGGGGGUUCCGUCCAGAGCAGGGGGUCCUGCUGGCCCCGGACCUGCAACUGGCCGCGGGGGUGUGCAGCCUGCUGGAGCUGGGAGACGACCCCCCCGCCAGCCCCCCCGUGCUCAGCUGGCAGGGGUCGCCGGCGUCCGGCCUGAGCGAGGGGGAGGAGGAGGAGGAGGUGAAGAUCGUGAUGAGGAGGCCAGUCCUGCAGCCUAGCCCCACCCACCGGCCGGCCCCCUCCCCCCCUCCUCACAGGGACACCAAGCCGCUGAGCGACCUGGCUAGGCUGUACGGCCUGCCAGAGACCCCUGCUGGAGCAGGAGAGGAGGAGGAGGUGGAGGUGGAGGAGGAGGUGGAGGUGGAGGAGGAGGUGGGCGCAGACGUACCUAGCGCCCUGCCCCCUCGCAAGCCCCACCUCCACCAGACAGGCGUGGCCGACGUUUUCAAGUCUCUGGCCUCAUUCCUGGGGGGUCAGAGGUACACCUACAGGGGCGGCCCGUUUGGGCGCCCGCCCCCCAGCGCCAUGGGGGGGGUGAAGUAUUCGUCCUCGCUGGCGCUGGGACCUGAGAUACGCUGCCAGGACCAACAGGAAUCCUCCCCCGCCCCCGCCCCCGCCCCGCCCACCAAACUCACCGACCAACUGCAAUCCCCCACUGACGCUACCUCAGACCCGCCCUCCAACCACCGGCCCCGCCCCGACGGCCAAUCGCAGCCCGUCGCCGGCGAGCAGAGCCCGGCUCAUGGGGGCGUGGAGGAGGUGAAGAGGAGGAGCCGAGCGGAGCCCCUCCCUGGAAGGACCGGCUCCUCUCUCCUGAGCGGCUCCCUGAGCGCCGAGCUAAGGCUGACCACCACACACCCAGGCCCCCUCGCUGACCUGCUGCCCAGCAAGCAGCCCCGGGCCUCCAGGCAGCCGGAGGUGCCCAGGCAGGCCGACAGGAAGAGGGAGCCGGUGAGCCUGGAGGGAGAGCGGGAGGGGGAGGGGAGGAGCAAGAGGCGGAAAGAGGACGGCGGGGUCGGCGCGGUCGGAGGUCACCUCCACAGGUCUGGAGGAGCGGAGAAGAAGAGGCGGGAGGAGAGGAAAGAGGGGAAGACCGCGGCCGUUCCAUCCUCGGUUUCGCCCUCGUUCGACUGCCCGGCGGCGAAGCACAAGGACAGUAAGAAGAGAAUCGUCCCUCUGCAGAGCACAGCCUCCCAGGGAGGACUGGAGGAGGAAGAGGAGUGCACCGGGACCGAGGAGGAGAAGAAGAAGGACAACAAGAGCCGUGAGUCUGAAAUCAAGACUGCUGGAGCCACCACCACCCCUACCUCCUCCUCCUCCUCCUCGUCCAUCCCAGCCCCCCCCGCCCCCCCACGGAGGACCCCAUGCCCGCUGGCCCCCGCUGACUUCCUCAAGCUGAAGGCGAUGUCCCUGGGGCCCCCCAAGGAGCUGAAGAUCCGUCUGAUCAAGGUGGAGAGCGGAGACAGAGAGACCUUCAUGGCCUCGGAGAUCGAACGCCCCAGGAUCCCCCUGGCCGAGACCUCCAUCAAACACCCCGCCAGUGACAUCAUCAGGGCCUGCAAGGGAGUGAAGAUCAAAGGGAAGUUUCGGGAGUCGUACCUGCUACCUGCUUUCUCUGUCAAACCAAACCUCCCCACCGACACCGCUAUCCCUAGAGAGAAGCUCAACCCCCCCACACCAAGCAUCUAUCUGGAGAGUAAGAGAGACGCCUUCUCCCCAGUGCUGCUGCAGUUCUGCACCGAUCCCAAGAACCCUGUUACUGUCAUCAGAGGCUUGGCUGGCUCCCUCCGCCUCAACCUGGGUCUGUUCUCCACCAAGGCCCUGGUGGAGUCCAACGCGGAGCACGCCGUGGAGGUCAGGACGCAGGUGCAGCAGCCGGCCGACCAGAACUGGGAUGCCAGUGGGCGGGGCCAGACGUGGCCCUGCGAGAGCAGCCGCGCCCACACCACCAUCGCCAAGUACGCCCAGUACCAGGCCUCCAGCUUCCAGGAGAGCCUGCAGGAGGAGAAGGACAGUGAGGAUGAGGAGGAGGAAGAACAGACCAAGUCUGACUCCACCAGCUCCGCCCCUUCCCCCAGUCAGACAAGCCCUGCCCCUUCUUCCAGUAAAGCAAGCUCCUCCCCCAGUAAAGCAAGCCCCACCCUUUCCCCCAGUAAAGUAAGCCCCGCCCCCAGUAACACAAGCCCCACCCCCGGUAACACAAGCCCCGCCACAUCAGCCAGCCCAGAGCAAAAAUCUGUGGGAAAAACCAUCAAAUUUGGUACCAACAUUGACCUAUCGGAUCCAAAAAGAUGGAAGCCGCAGCUGCAGGAGCUGUUGAAGCUGCCACCCUUCAUGCGGGUGUCCUCCAGUGGUAACAUGCUGAGUCAUGUAGGACACACCAUCCUGGGCAUGAACACCGUCCAGCUCUACAUGAAGGUCCCGGGCAGCCGCACUCCCGGCCAUCAGGAGAACAACAACUUCUGCUCAGUGAACAUCAACAUCGGGCCUGGAGACUGCGAGUGGUUUGCUGUCCACGAGCACUACUGGGAGGCCAUUAACAACUUCUGUGAGAAACAUGGAGUGGACUAUCUGACAGGGUCCUGGUGGCCGGUCCUGGAGGACCUGUACCGCUCCAACAUCCCCGUGUACCGCUUCAUCCAGCGGCCUGGGGACCUGGUCUGGAUCAACGCCGGGACAGUCCACUGGGUCCAGGCUGUAGGCUGGUGCAACAACAUCGCCUGGAACGUGGGGCCGCUCAACUCGUACCAGUACCAGCUCGCCCUGGAACGCUUCGAGUGGAACGAGAUCAAGAAGGUCAAGUCCAUCGUUCCCAUGAUCCACGUCUCCUGGAAUGUGGCCCGCACCAUCAAGAUAGCCGACCAGGACACCUUUAAGAUGAUCAAACACUGUCUUCUCCAGUCCAUGAAGCACAUCCAAAUCUUGAGGGACCAGCUGGUGGCGUCUGGUAAGAAGAUCUCCCACCAGAGCAGGGUGAAGGAUGAGCCGGCCUACUACUGCAACGAGUGUGACCUGGAGGUGUUUGACCUGCUGUUUGUGACCAGUGAGAGCAGCAACAGGAAGAGCUACGUGGUGCACUGUGAGGAGUGUGCCCGUGCUCGCAGCCCGGGCCUGGCUGGGGUGGUGGUGCUGGAGCAGUACAGCAUGGAGGAGCUAAUGAGGACCUACGACAGCUUCAUCUUGGCUGCAUCACCCUGUUCUAAGUGAGGACCCCUCUCUGUUACUGAGCAGCCAUAACCAAAACUCUGACUCACCCGCAACCAGGAAGUGUACUACUGCAAAACAUACGCUGAACAGCCAAUCAUGUUUACUCAGUAUUGUUUACAUCACAAUAAGAUAUCAGCCAUCAGCCAAUAAAACUCCAGCUGUCUGUCGUCUUCCCCGCCUACCAGCUGCUGAUUGGACUCUCGUCUAGAGAUAGAAUGACUAGACUGGUACUCAUGAAAAUCAUGUCUGACUUGUGAACAUUGUUAGCACUGGAAAUCAGGUCAUUACAACGGACACUGCUGUGAUUCAAAAGCGUCAAGUAGCUGGCUCUGUGUAUUUUUUAUUAUUUUUUACAAAAUUCAGGUACUUUUAUGCAAAUCGAAUAUAACUUUUUCAGUUUUUUUUCCCCACCAAUCUAGUUAUUCUAUGUCCAUGGAUUUGCCGUGUUACCACGGAAACAGCAGGGGAAUCGCUUCAAUAGCAAAGUAGCUGAUAGUCUUGAUGACAUUGUAUUGGUUCUGAUUUAGUUCUGUAUUCAGGUAAACUCAAGACAUUUGUUUUUCCAGUUUGUAUGCUCUCCGGGGUGCAAUUUUUAUUUAUUUUAUUCAGACAUAGAUACUUCAAAACGUAUUACCAGCCUAGAAGUACACCAUAUUGGCCUUGUGAACUGUAUUUAGAUGAAAGAAAAUCCAACAUACAAAUGUUUUCUAACGCAUUAGGAAUAUUGAUAUAAAGAAAUGUUUUCAAUUUCUCUGAAAUACGGGUUUGCUAGAGGACUAAUCUGGUUGCAUUCUUAGUUAGAAGCCUAGUGUGCAUAUUGUGAAUUAGGUUUUUUGCAUAAUUCUGAAUCAUCUUUGGUAGUGAGAGAUGUGUUAUGAUACACCUUAGCUAAAAAAGAAUAAAAAACGUUCACAUUUUUGUCAUGGCAACGGGAACAUCCAUCUGUUUUUUAAUACCUCUUUAUUUGUCGUGUUCUCAUUCCUUUCCGGAUUAUAGAGAUAAUUAAUUGUAAAUCGUGAGUUUAUUUAUACUGUAUAUGUUUGUUUUCUUAAAUAUAUUUAUUGCAUAUUGAUGGUACUUCCCUUGUUAAGGGGCCAGAUAUUUUUAAAGUUUCCUAUUGUCCUGAUGUGUUGAUGGGGGAAGUUCUAUGAGGGGGUGGUCUAAUGUUCAUGGUGCUUCGCCCCCCCUCGCCUCACCCCCCUCUCAUCUAACUGUGUAUAAAGGAUGUAUGAGAUAAGUAAACAAAUAUAAAUAAAACCGACAGGUUGGUGCUUAGUACAGUCAGUACACCCACCGGUGAAUUAAUGAAAUGAAGACUUUGUACUGUAACAGAUUAAACACAAUGAACUUUUUCAACUUUUUUUGCGUUGUACGGAAUUCAUAAAAAAAAAUCUGCAUUUGUUCUUUGAUGCUGAACUUUUAGCAGUAGCUGUAGCUUUAGCCACUUCUGAAAAAAAAUAUGAAAAAAAAAAAAACCUUUGAAGGAUGUUGUAGUGGGGUUAAGGUUCAUGGUUUGUUUGGUGUCCUGUCCUUAUAACUAUGAUUUGAAGGAUGUAGUGUUCCUCCUUUUCUUCCAGACUGUUUUAGUUCUGCUGCACUGUUUCAAAAAAUAACUGACAUAGAACCUGAGCCAGGCCUGUCUUAAACACUCUGUGAUUUUUCUGUGACAUUAUUGUGAGCAUUAUUGAUCGAGAAAAAUAAAACGUUUUGAUAAAUUCUUCGAGAACUGUCUAUUGUCCAUUUCCUACUGCUUUCUGUGGAAUUAUCUACAUCCUGUUACAGUGAAAAACAACAAUCCCAGUAUUCUUGCAACAGUGCCACAACAAUAGCACUGAUAUUAUUGAUACAAUUUUUUCAUGUUGUUUACAUCUUAGCUGAUACAUAUCUAAGGAAAACAGGACAUUGUAAUCCACCCUUUCUUUAUGCCAUGCUAAUGUUCAUCCCUAGUCACUUAAAUCCUAAUUUCCUACUCUUUCCUCCUUUCAGAUAAACCCACUACAAAGGCUUUGGUCACAUACAAACAUGCAUUCGAAUGGUUUCAUAGUGUUUGUUUUCGCAUGAUCUGUCUUCCUCCCUCUCUCCCGACCAGGAUGAGAAGUCUAGUGUCCUGUUGUCUCUUCAGACAGAGGGUCAGAGGUCGAGAGGUCAGCGGUCAUGGGAAUCCUGAGACUCUUCUUCUAAGAGGAAGCAGUGACAUUUCAUCCCAGACCUGCAGAUGGAACAGGGGAUAUCCUGGCUCCAAGGACAGGAAAGCUGGCCUUCCUCCUAAGUUAGCAGACCCCAGGUCCCCUCAACACACACACACACACAGAUGCACACACAGACGCACACUCUCCUACUGUCCACAGUGACCUGAGUAGGAAAGCAGGAACAGAUGCCAACGUCAGUGUGGCCUACGUCUCUGUCGCGUUCCUUCAAAGCUACAUUCCUUCACUCCAAGCCCAGGCCUGUGAUUUCACUCUCUCUCUCUUCUUCGCCUCCUUCUCUCCGCAGACAUCUCUGCUCUCCAAGCAAACAAACAAACAAACAAACACAAGACUGCAGUGG